GCUGGGGAUGACAGUUGCUUCAGGCAACCCUGGGGAGGACAGGGUCGGAGGUAAAAAUCACCGGCGAGGGCCUGAGCUGGGAAGGGCAUGGAGGGGUACCGCGGCGCCGAGUGUGACAGGGUGUCUGAGACCUCGUCCUUCAUAGAGGAUGAAGAAGAAGAGGAAGAAGAGGAGGAGGAGGAAGAAGAGGAGGAGGAGGAAGAAGAGGAGGAGGAGGAGGAAGAAGAGGAGGAGGAGGAGGCUGUGGACCCAGAGGAAGCAGAGGAGCUGACUAACAGUUUAAAAGAUCUUAUCCAAGGCGAAGAUGUGAAACCCAAGCUGCAGUACAUCAUGACUAACCCUUCCUUUUCUAUGGUAACAGUUCAAAGUGAAGAUAGUGGGAUAACCUGGGAAACCGGCUCGAGUAGAUGUUCUACUCCCUGGGCCUCAGAAACUAGUACAACUUCUGAUCUUUACAGUAUGGAAAGUUCACCAGUAGGUUCUCCUCCAGGAAAAGUUAUCUUUAUUAUGGAUGAAGGUAAGAUUGUUCGGAAAAGGAAACGCAAAUCUUCAAAUAGGGUGCUGAUGGCUACAAGCCUGAAGGGAGGCCAGGGCAAUAAAAAACGUGACUCUUCUGAAAUGCAGAGGCAAGAACCAAGAACUGUUCUAGGAGAUCUGCAGGCCUCCGUGUUGAAUGUUGAAGAGGUGGAAGCACAAGACAUAGAUGAGGAAAUGUUGGACGACAAAGAAGAUCUAGAGAACAUCACAGAAGAGCCAGUAAAACGUGCUCCGAUAAGAUCAAUAUUUAGAGAGAGCAGACUGAGAAAAGUAGGGCCGAUUCUUGGAGGACCAGUACAAGCUAGAAUCCAGCUGUUUAACUCAAUUUUUGGAGGGACUGAGCCAGCCCCUGAAACACUGGAGAAAACCAGAAUCCAGAGAAGCAGCUCAGUUUCAGGAGAUUCUGAACAGUUCCUUGAAACAUCAGUAAAAGAAAGACUGCAGAAGUUCAGUUCAUUUUCAGAAGCAACACAUCCAAAACCUUUCCAGAGAGCAAGAAGUAGAAAUCUUGAAACACCAUCAGAGAGAAGAAGGAAGCAAAGACAACAACCCACAGCACAUGCGAAUCAAAGCUAUUCUUCACCAACAAUGCCUCUUGAAAAAGAGCUUACUAAUAAAGAUGAUGUUUCAUCUGAAAAUAUUAAACCCAUUAAAAUGAAAGAUAAACCAAGCAGAUUUUCAAGCUUUGGUGCAGAAACAACUCUUCAACAUGAAGAAAGAAAAGACAGACAAUCUCUUUCAGAGACUCCAAAUCAGGUAUCAGGACAUUCACUGAAGUCCUGCCCUCCUGAAGAAGCCAGGAACCAGCAAAGUUAUUCACCUGCAGCCAAAACAUCAAUAACCGAGCAAACAACCUCUGUUUCCUUAGAGUCUGAUAAUAAAUCAGAGAAACAAGUGCCACUUUCCUCAGCUCAAAAUGCAAACAAGAAACCAGACCAAUCUCUGCUGACAGCAUCAGAUCAUCUCGACGAACCGAAGCAGCAGGAAAUUCAGCCUGAUUCUGCACCACAGUCUGUUUCAGCAGAUUUUGUUAAUGAAUUGGAUAGACAAAGUACCCAACCUAUUUUGCCUACAGCAUCUGUGUCAGAACAUCCUGAGAGGGAAGCACAGAAGUCAGCAGUUCAGUCCUACUUACCUAGUGCUCCAUCAGCUAAAUCCAAAUAUUCCAGUCUGUCUGAAACAAGACAGGAGGAUAUUAUUCCUCAGUCAUCAGAAACUGCACAAUCUGAGCCUGAACAUGUGCUUUUACCAUAUUCUGUAGAUGAAACAGAGAAGCGAGAAACGGAGUGUCAUUCAUCAGCAACUGCACUGUCAGAAAGUGAGCCUUCGGGUCUAUUGUAUUCUGGUAAAAAAAAAGAGGGUCAAAAGACCCCAUUACCAGAAACCCAAAAUGUUCAUUUAGAGAGGCAAACAAAGUCUGACCAAGACUUUUCUUCCUCCUUUCAGGAAACAGAGGAGCAAGGAAUUAAACAAAGUUCACCUAUUCCUGGAAAGAUAGAUUCUAAAUAUUUUGGCAUUUCAUAUCCUAUUCUCACAGAAACAGAAGAAACUCAGAAAACUUCAGCUAUAAAUAAAGCAGUAGAUUUGGAUCACCCUGAUUUUUCCAUUGAAAAAAGCAAAGAAGCAGAGAGUGCACAAAUGGAGAUGGAGCAUCCAGAUUUCUCAUAUUCCAGCAAAGAAAUUGGAGAAUCAGAGAGAACACAGAUGGAGACAGAGCAUCUGGACUUCCCUUUUUCCAAGGAAGAAACAGAGGAAUCAGAAAGUGCACAGCUGGAGAUGGAGCGUCCAGACUUUUCUUUUUCCAGGGAAGAAGUAGAGGAACCAGAAAGUGCACAACUUGAGACAGAACAUCCAGAUUUCUCAUAUGCCAGGAAAGAAAUGGAGGAAUUGGAGAGUGCACAACCAGAGACCAAGCAUCCAGAUUUCUCAUACUCCAGGGAAGAAACAGAAGAAUCAGAGUGUGCAAAACUGGAAACAGAAUAUCCAGAAUUGCUUUUUUCCAUGAAAGAAACAGAGGAAUCAGAGAGUGCACAGCUGGAGAUGGAGCAUCCAGACUUUUCUUUUUCCAGGGAAGAAGUGGAGGAAUCAGAAAGUGCCCAACUGGAGACAGAGUAUCUAGAUUUCUCAUAUUGCAAGGAAGAAACAGAGGAAUUGGAGAGUGCUCGACUGGAGACAGAGCAGCCAGAUUUCUCAUAUUCCAUGGAAGAAACAAAGGAAUUGGAGAGUUCACACCUGGAGAAAGAGCAUCCAGAAUUUUUUUCCAAGGAAGAAGCAGAGGAAUCAGAGAGUGCACAGCUGGAGAUGGAGCGUCCAGACUUUUCUUUUUCCAGGGAAGAAAUGGAGGAAUCAGAAAGUGCACAGCUGGAGAGAGAGCAGCCAGAUUUCUCAUAUUGCAAGAAUGAAACAAAGGAAUCAGAGAGUUCACAACUGGAGAAAGAGCAUCCAGAAUUUUUUUCCAAGGAAGAAGCAGAGGAAUCAGAGAGUGCACAGCUGGAGAUGGAGCGUCCAGACUUUUCUUUUUCCAGGGAAGAAAUGGAGGAAUCAGAAAGUGCACAGCUGGAGACAGAACAUCCAGAUUUCUCAUGUUCCAGCAAAGAAAUUGGAGAAUCAGAAAGUGUACAACUGAAGAUGGAGCACCCAGAUUUCUCAUAUUCCAGAGAAGAAAUGGUAGAAUCAGAAAGUGCACAGCUGGAAAUGGAACAUCAGGAGUUUUUAUUCUCCAGGGAAGAAACAGAAAAACAAAAAUCUGUUCCUUUUAAACUGGAACAGCUAGAGUCUUAUUCCCCUGAAGAAGCAGAGCAAGAAGAAACAGCACAGCUUGUGCUGGUACCUUCAGAUUUAUCAUGUUUGAUGCAAGAAGCAGAGAAAGAAAACACUACAGAACUCCAGUUGGUACAUCCAGAUAUAUUUGAUACCACCAGAAGGGCUGAAACACAGCAAACUGGGUAUCUGGAAACAGCAUGUUCACAUUUACCAUAUUCCGCGAAUAAAACAAAGCAGCAAGAAUUGACACAAGCCGAUUUGGACGAUUCUCUUACGUCAUAUUUUGGUGAUGAAGGAGAACAGCCACAGCCUGUACAGCAGGAUUCACAGCCUGCAGGUAAGCAGUAUUCCUGUGCCAAGGGACUGCAAGCAGAAACUACUCAACUGCAGUCAGAGCAUCCAGUUUUGUCAUAUUCUGCCAGAAAACAACAGCAACAUAAAACCUCACAGCUGAGGGCAGAACAGCUAGAGACAUCAUAUUCCACUGGCAAAACAGAACAACAGGAAAUAUGGCAACCAAAGUUGGAACAAGCAGAUUCACCAUAUUCCCAGGGAGAAAUAGCACAGGAAGCUGUACAAAGAGACUUAAAAGGUCCAGAGCCUUCAUGUUUCAUUAGUGAAACAGUACAACAUGAAAAUGUACAACUAGCUUCAGGAAAUAGGGAUUUCUCAUUUACUACUGGAGAAGUAAUGCAAGAAGGAGUGGAGUCAGGAUCUUUGGGGUCCUCAUAUUCGACUGACAGAGCAAAGCCCUGGGAAAUGGCACAAAUGGAGCAGGAGCAGUCACUUCCCUCCUGUUCCACUGCUGGUAGUCAGCAACAGGAACCACCAUCGCUGAAUGUGGCCCAGCCAGAUAUAUCAUAUUCCUUUGGCAGGAUGGAACAACAAGAUGUAGUACAAAGAGAGCUGGAACAGCAGAGAACAGCCCAACAAAAAGCUGUGCAAAUGGAAAUGGAGUAUUCAGAUUUGUCAGAAACCUGGAGGAAAGAAGAGCCACAGGUCAUAGACCAAAUUAAUUUGGCACAGCAAGAAAUAGCUCAGCCAGAGUUAGUGCAUCCAUCUUUGCCAUAUACUUUCAGUGAACAAAUGCAAGAAGAAAUGCAAACAGAGCCAGCAUAUUCAGAACAGACAUUUUAUAUAAGUACGGAAAUGCAGGAGGAUACGACAGAACACAAAUCAGAGCAACCAUUUCUUUCACGUUAUACUGGCAAAACAGAGCAACAAGAAAUAGUACGUCCAGAGCUGGAGCACAUAUUUUUGCCAUCAUCCAGCGGAAAAGAAGCUCCACUGGAAAUGGAAAUGAGUUCAGAAUAUCCAGACUUGUCAUAUUUCUUUCAUGAACCUGAACAACAAAAAAAAUUGAAACAUCCAACCUUACCAUCUCGUUUGAAACUACAAGAAACUGCACCACUGGUGAUGGAACAUCCAGAUUUUUCAUGCGACAGUGGUGAAGCAAAACCAGGUGACAUCGUAGAGCAGGAGCCAGGACAUCCACAGCUCUCAUACUCCAUGGGAGAAACACAGCGACAAUCAGAUCAUUUGGAUUCAAUAGGAACCCUGGGUGAAGCAACACAAGAUGAAAGUAUGGAAGUGGAAUCUAAAUACCCAAAUUUGUCAUGUUCUGAUGGCCAAAGAAACCAGCAAGAAACUUCACAAUUGGAUUCAAAAUAUCCAGAUUUGUCAUUUUCCUUUGAUAAAACCAAAGAACAAGCAACUCAAGAGUUUGAGUCUAAACAUCAAGGAUUGCCUAAAGAAGCCAGAAAAAGAGCUUCUCCAACAACUGCACAAAUAGAGUUGAAACACCCAGGUUUGACAUACUCCCCUGGCAAAGCAAAUGAGCCAGAAAUUGCAACAUGGGAAGUGAAGCAUCCUGAUUUGUCACAUUCCGCUGAUGAGACAAACCAACAAGAAGUAGUACUGCUGGAUCAGAAACACAGAAAAAUUUCUGUUGGCAGAGAAAAGCAGCAGCAAGCCACAAAACAGCAGUUAGAGCAAGAAACGUUAUCACAUUCUCCUGGUAAAACAGAGCAAUUAAAUGCCCAGGAGGACUUGAAACAACCAGGUUUACCAUUUUCCAUUGACAGGCCGGAUGAUGAAGUGGCCCCACCAGAGGCAGAGCACACUGAUGCGAUAUAUCCUCUGGACAACACAGAGGUGCGACCCAGAGUACAACAAGAAACAGAGCAAACUUACUCCUUUGGAAAAGCAGAACAGAAAAUGGUUCAGCCAGAAGUGGAAAUUCCACAUUUGGCCCAUUCUGUGUGUAUGGCAGAAGAAGAAGAAAUGGCAGAACCAGGGCAGGGACAUCCUAACUUGCCUUAUUCUGUUUUCAAAGCAGGAGGACUGCAAACUGCAGAGCUGAAACCUGAACACCCUGGUCUAGCAUGUUCCCUCCACAAAGUGAAGGAAACAACCCAGCUGGGGUUGGAACAGCCAGAUGUGUUGUAUGUUCAUGACAAAACAGAGCAAAUCCCACCUGUCCAGCUGGAGCUAGGCCACGCAGACUUGGCAUCCCCCACUGAGAAAGUGGGGCAGCGAGGGAUGGAGCACACAGCCUUGGGAUGCCCUUAUGAGGGACAGUCUGUCAGCAGAGCAGACCAUCCACAAGCUGCAGAAGAGAAACUAGGAGUUCCAGAUGCAUCACCUCAGAGUGGAAAAGCGGAGCAAAGAGAAAUGGCAAAACCAGAGCCAAAGCAUCCUAGUUUAUCAUAUUUCAUUGAUAAAACACAAACACAAGAAACUACACAACUGAUGUUAGGAAAUCCAAAUCUAUCAUCUUGGCCUGGCAAAACAGAGCAAGCACAAACGGCUCAAGAGGAGCAGCCAGGCUUCUUGCCUUCUUUCAAAAAAGCUGCACAAGGUGAGAAAGCACAGCCACAAUUGGGGCAUUCACAAUUACCUUAUUCUGUUACUGAAGCAGAACAAGAAACUACACAUACGAAAUCAAACCAUUCAGAUUUAUCUGCUGGCAGAUUAGAACACCAUGAAAUCAUACAACCAGAGGCAGAAAUUAUGGAUUUAUCAUGUUCAAUUGGUGAAACACAGCAACCACAAUUUGCUGAAGUGGAUUUGGAGUAUCCAGAUUUAUUGCAUUCCACUGGCACAGUACGGCAACAAGAAAAGAUUCAACCAAAGCAGGAACAGCCAGGUGAUUUUUCAUCAUCUCUCAGCAAGGCAGGGCAAUGGGAAGGUGCAGGAAUGCAGGCAGAACAUCCUGAGCUGCAGUGCUCUAUGGAGAAAACAGAAGGACUGCAAAAUUCCCAAGCAAAAUCAGAAUAUGCAGAUUGGUCAUUCUCUGUUGGCACAGCAGACCCUCAUAAAGUAACAGAGCCAGAAUUGAAAGAACAUGAUUUGUUACAUUCUUUUGUCAAAACAAAGCCAUCAUGGGCUGCCCCACUGGAGUCUGAACAUCCAGAUGUCUCAGAUGCCACAGACAAAGUACUGCACCCCAAUUUGUCCACUUCUGUUAGUGAAGAAAAAAGAAGUGCACAACUGGAGGUCAAACAGGAGAGGGGAAGCUAUACAUUACACCCAGGAGAAACAGUACAACUGAAAUUGGAACAGCCGAUGUUUUCAAGUUCCCAUGACACAGCAGAGCAACCAAAUAGGGCCCCACUGGAAGGGGAAUUCCUGCACUUCUUGUAUUCCUCUGGUGAAAAAGAGCAACAAGAAAUGGCAAAACAAGAGUUGGAGCAUUCAGAUUUAUCACAUUCCACUGAUAAAACACAGCAACAAGAAACCACACAACCUGGGUUAGAACAACCAGAUUUAUCAUCUUGCCCUGGGAAAACAGAGCAACCACAAACUCUUCAAGUGGAAGCAAAGCAUCAGGACUUGCUGCAUUUCACCGGCAAAACAGAACAGCAGGGAACAGCACAACUAGAAGUUGAGCAUCGAGAUUUGUCGUAUUCCAGUGACACAGUAGAGCAGCCACCAGCUACACAACGGAAAUCAGAGCUGCCUGUAACACCCCAUCCCAUUGGAAAAACAAAGCAACAAGAAAUGGCACAUCCAGAGCAGGAACUUCCCAGUAUAUUGUAUUCCAUUUGCAAAACACUGUCACAAGAAGCAACACAAAUGGACUUAGGGCAACAAGAUUUAACAUAUGCCCUUGGUAAAACAGAUGAAAUGCAAACUGCGCAAGGUGAACUGGAACAUACAGGUUCAUUGUAUUCUUCUGGCAAAAGAGAACAAGAAAUGGUAUUGCCAGAGUUGCGACACCCACAGUUAUCUUAUCCUGUUAGAGAAAUAGAAGAAGAAGAUACACAUCAGAAAUCAAACUAUCCAGAUGUGUUAUAUUCUAUUGGUCAUCAAGAGCACCAUGAAAUUGAACAACCAGUGGAAGAAAUGGAUUUAUCGUAUCCAGCUGGCAAAUCAGAGCACUCACAACCUGCCCAAGAAGUACUGCAACAGUCAGAGCUUUUGGAGUCCUUUGGCAAACUAGAUGAAAAAGGAAUGUCCCAGCCUGGCUUUUUUCACUCCCUUGGUGAAGAAAAGCAGAAAGCAGCUUCACAGUUAGGCUUAGUCCAACCAGGUUUAUCACAUUCACUUGGCAAAACAGAAAAACAGGAAACUGCACAAGCAGGGUUCGUGUCUUCUGAUUUUUCAUAUUCCACAGGAAAAGCAGAACAGUUGCAACCAGAACAACAAAAAUCAAAAUGUCCAGAUUUGUCAUACUCUCUUAGCAAAGCAGAGACUCAUGGAAUGAAACCACCAGAUUUAUUGUACUCCUAUGGCAAAGCAGAACAACCACAGACUGCCCAGCUGGAGCAUCCAGAGACAUUAUAUUUCAUGGGUGAAAUGGAGAGGAGGGAUGAUGCCCAACCUGAACCUCAGUGCAUUAACUUGCAGUACUCUGUUGUUGAAACAGAGCAACCAGAAACACUUUCUGUAUCAUACAUCUUUGGCAGGACUGAGGAGCAGGGAACUGCACAAACGGACUUUGAACAAUCAGAUUUAUUAAGACCUACUGACAAAGCAGAAAAGCAUGAAAUGGCCCCACUGAGAGCAGGACAUUCAGAGAAGCGAGACACUGGGGCUACCUCAUCUCUAACUGCUCAGUUGAAAACUGAACAAGAUUUAUCCUUUUCCACUGAGGAAGCAGAGUGCCAAAAAAUUCAACAGUAUUCAUCUCUUACUGAACUAACAGCAUCUGGAAGUCCAAAGUCUUCACCUGUAACUGAAGGCCUGUCCCCCAAGCACUUAGAUUUAUCUUACACCCACUGUCAAACAGAGCAGUCAGAAACUGCCCAGCCUGAGUCAGGCUUCUUCUUUGCAAGCAAAGAAGCAGAGAAUACAAAAAAUCCUCUACGUGUGCCUGUAGCUGCACAGUCAGAGGCUGAACAUGUAAGAGAACAGACUCCACAUUAUUUCCACACAGCUACACAAUUAGAUUCUGAACAAUUAAAUUUAUCAUAUUCUACACAUAAAGCAGAAACUCUAGAAAGUCAAGAGUAUUUAACUGCACCUUCAAAACUAGAGUCUGAACCUUCAGUUCCAUUUUAUUCAGCUGAUGAAACACGUCAGCAAGAAAUUCCACCUUAUUCAAAACCAGCCUCUGAGUAUUUGAUUCCCUCAUGGUCCCUUGCUGAACAACAAAAGCAAAGCAUGCAGCCACUUAUUCCCCAGUCUGCACAAUCAGAGUGUAAACAUCUAAUUCCACCACAUGAUGAAAAAGAAUUGCAAAAAAUUCAGCUCUGUUCACCUAAAGCAGCAAGGUUGAACACAGUGCAGUUGGAGAAUAUGUCUCUAGCACACACACAAGACAAAGACAAGCAAGAAUCUCAAAAUCGUUCAUUGGACACUAAAUAUUUGUCAUCAGAGCAGCUAAGAAGUCCCCCCAAAUUCACUACUGAGCAGGAAAAGCAAGAAAUGCAACCUGAUGGGCAGACAGUGCCAAGGUCGUUGACUACAGAGUCAAAGGUGACUGCUGUAGCAGACCAGCAAGCGAUGUCAUCAGAUUCAUUUGUACCUUUUCAUACAUUACCUGAAAAGUCAGUAUUGGUGGCUUUCACUGAUGAUGAAGAGAAACAAAACAUUCCAUCAUCUUUAUCUGAUGUAGUAGGCCUGCUUGGAAAGCAGUCUAACAUAGUUUCAGGCAUAUGUACUGAAGGAGAGGAUAGACAUGAAAUGCAACAGUAUUUUGCAGACCAAAGGCAUACAACCUUACAGCAUCUGGGAGCUGUUUCAUCAGAUAUUGUUUAUGAAACCGCAACACACAAAACUCAGCAUUAUUCUGGUGAACAGGGUAGACUUUCUUCAGGAGAAAUGAAGUCCAUUAGCUCUAGUUCUGAUGAAAAGCAGAAUCCAGAUAUUCCAUCUUUUGGGCUAGCUAGCUGGCUGGCAGAAGAGAUGAAGGCUUGCUCAAUUAGUCCAGUAAGAGCUGCAGAAGUAGACAGGCAAGGAAUUCAGCUUUCUCCAAAUGAAGCUUCUGGUUUUGGAUCAAAACAAUUCCUAGCUGGAAGUUGCAGAGAACUUACAGUUCAUGGUGCUACAAAGAAUAAAGGACAUACGUUUAGAGUUUUUGAUUCAGUGUCAAGUGAAAUUUCCCACAGACUGUCCCCAGACACUAGUCAGAGAAUGCAAAGGUAUGAUUUACCAUCUCUGGUAGGAGAUAAUCCAGGUCCAGACAAAGUUCCAGAGCAUGAAACUGGCAUUGGAAACCCUACAAAAAUGAAAGCAAUGCAACAUCCGGAGGUAGACAAAGUGUCUGAAGUGCCUGAACAUUACCUGAGAGGACAAGACGAAGAAAUGGAACAUGCGAGCAUUGUAGAAGAGAGUCAGCGUCCUCCAGAGACUGCUGAACAAAAAGAUCUAUUUAAUAUAAUUUCAGAAGGUUAUGAAAUACUCAAUAUUCAUGCUCCUACGCAUAUUUCUUCAGUUGAUCAAGAAGAAAGUAAACACAUGCCAGAUAAACUAGAAUACUUAGAAACAAAUCCUUCAUUUAAAAGAAAAUUAGCUGAUGAUGACCACAGAGCCCUAGCUUCUGGAACCACAGAAAUUUCAGAAAGCUCAGUGUUGGGAAGGCCUGAAAGCCAAGAACUAAAAGAUUUGGUCAAAAAUGAUGAUGUUGAGGAAACUGGAGAAACCCAACGAGAAAAUCCCGUGUUGCCAGAAAACAACAAUAAUGCAGUGUUGGAUCGUAAUAAUGGUAUGUCCGAUAUGGAUUAUUUUGAAAAGUAUACAUUGAUUGAUGACAAAUCCCCCAUUAAACCACAUUUUGAAAAACCGAGUUCAUUGUUUCCUGUGACAGAAGAUCCCAGUGAACCUGUGGAAGAAGCCACGUCUUUUAAAGAAAGUGCUGAGGUAGGUACUUUGGAAGAGGAGUUUUCCUUACUUGAGGAUCUGGAUGAAGUCUUUUAUGGUACUGUGAAAGGAGAAAGCAAAAUGCAGUCCUAUGCAGAUGCUCCAAACCCUUUACCUCUGCAGAAAUCAACUGAUAUUAGCAGUAAAAAGGUUACAAAUGUAGAAGAUGAACCCAAGUCACCAGGGACCCCACUCUUUGAUUCAGAAGAAGGAGUGCUAGAACGAUCUUUGUUGUUCCCUACCACUGUUGCUGCAGUUAAUCCAGAGCUUCUAGAGGAGCCACCUGCUCUGUCAUUUUUAUACAAGGACCUCUAUGCAGAAGCAGUAGGAGAAAAGAAAAAGGAUGAGACUCCCUCUGAUGAGGAAAGUGCUAAUUCUAAUGCGUCUUUCCCUAGUAGAAAUUCAGACACAGAUGAUGGAACGGGAAUAUAUUUUGAAAAAUACAUUCUUAAAGAUGAAAUUCCAAGUAAGGCCAUAGGGCCUCAAAAGGAUCAGAUACCAGAGGAUGAGUCCUUUAGUGGAGGAAUUUCAUUUCAGAGUUCAGAGGACAAACACAAGCAGGGGUCUGGUGAUGUUCAACAUGUCACAACUGAGGUUCUGCCAGAAAGGGGUGUUGUGGAGAGAGAGAAAGUCCAGGUUGACAGUGACAUUCAAGCAACAAUUUGUAAACCAAUGCAUGCCAUUCCUUUUGGAAGCAAAGUAAUUCUUUCAGGCGCAAGAACUGAUACCACUGAACAAAGAGAAGAAGAAAAUGUACCUGUAGAAACAAGUGAGGAGUUGCCAGAGCAAUCAAGUCAUCAAGCGUAUAGUCAACUAGUGGAUUAUCAGCGAGCUGCAUAUCAAGAAGCUGGUAAUAAGCAGGAAGAACAGCAUGAUAUAACAGUAGUUCCUCAAAUGGAAAAAUAUGUCCCAUAUGUCAGGACUCCUGUUGAAGAUAGUGAAGAUGAUCAGUAUACUCAGGAAAAUCUUUCCUGUGUCCCUACCAUUCAGCAAACAGAGAAACCAGACUUGCAAAGGGAGAAGCAGCACCCUGAUGUUGAUGAAGAUCUCGCUGAGUCAAUGGACUAUGACGUGAUUACACAAGAAGAACUUUUGCAAGAUGAAAUAUCAUCAGAAUUAACACAUGAGGAGCUAUUAUUUGAAGACAGGGACUCCUUUGAGCAAGCUGGUGAUAGUUAUGAAUUUGUUAAUGAGCCAGAGCAAAGAACACCUGUUGAGCUUGAAGAUUCAGGCUUUGUGGUGAUGUAUCCUGAAAAAUCAGCAACAAACAUUCCUCAAGUUGAGAGCCCACAAAGAGAACUAAAGAAAGCACAAGCAGACACAUAUUGUUACCACUGCAAACGCCCAAUAUCUGCUAUUGACAAGCUUUUUGGAGAACAUAAAGACCAUGAAGUCACAACACUAGAUGAUGCUGCAACCAAGAUGAAGGAUCAGUUAAGUGAAUUGCUAAUAGCACUGGAAGAAAAGUCAAUGAAGAUUGAACAGUUUGUGAGUGAUAUUGAAUCGCUAUUUAACUCUGUUGAGGAAAACUGUAAGAAAAAUGCAGAGUUAUUGGAAAAGCAGAAUGAAGAGAUGCUUAAGAAAGUGGUAGCACAAUAUGAUGAGAAAUCAGAGAACUUUGAGGAAGUAAAGAAGAUGAAAAUGGAGUACCUGUAUGAGCAGAUGGUUAACUUCCAGCAAACUGUUGAUUCAGCAAAGGAAGCUUUGGAGACAACAGUAAAAGAAAUGGAAGAACUUGAUGGAUUUGUUUUCCUAAAUUCAUCUAAAGAAUUGAAUAAAAGGUUACUUUCUGCAAUGGAUACUACCCUCUCUUUAGAAAAGGUGCCCAGUGCUUUUUCACUGUUUGAGCACUACGCGGACAGUCCAGGACAAAGCAACCAGGACUCCUUAAAACAUGUGGCUGUCCCACAGACACCGACUGUCGUACCUCAGGAACCAAACUCAGCCACCAGCACCUCCAUUGCCAUCUACUGGGCUGUGAAUGACGGGGACGCCAUCGACUGCUUCCAGGUCUACUGUAUGGAGGAGCUGCAAGCCAGCAAAGAUGCAGAGGCUUUGGUGGAAGAGUACAGAGUGACGGUGAAGGAGAGCCACUGCAUUUUGGAAGAUCUGGAGCCAGAUCACUGCUACAGUGUAUGGGUCAUGGCUGUGAAUGGCACAGGCUGUAGCUUACCCAGUGAAAAAGCCAUUUUUAAAACCGCACCCGCCGUCCCCACCAUCAAGGCCGAGGACUGCAUGGUGUGUUGGGACACAGCCACUGUCCGCUGGUGUGCCGGCUCGGCGUCGGCGGAGUCCUUCACCCUGGAGUACUGCCGACAGCACUCGCUGGAAGGAGAGGGUCUCAGAUCUUUUGCUGGUAUAAGGAGACCUGAACUGAAAGUAUCCCUGGAGCCCAAUGUGAACUAUUUCUUCUACUUGAGGGCUGUCAACACAUUUGGGACAAGUGAACAAAGUGAAGCAGCUCUCAUCUCAACAAAAGGAACUCGAUUUCGACUGCUGAGUGACACAGCCCAUCCCGCUUUGCAUAUCUCCUCCAAUGCAACAGUGAUUCACCUUCCUGAGAAAACCAAAUUCAGUGGGUUUCCUUCAGUCCUGGGUGAACUGCUGCCUGCUCGGGGAUGUCAUUACUGGGAAAUCAUUGUCUCUGCCUGCAGAAGCUACAGGAUUGGGGUUUGCUAUGAGGCAAUAUCACAGAGCAGUGUUCUGGGGCUGAGUGAUACUUCCUGGUGCAUGCGGUGCUGUCCUACACAAACCAGCUUGCUUUACAGAUUUCUUCACACUGGUGUGAUGAGCGAUGUCUGUGUGACAGAACAUCCAGCCAGGAUUGGCAUCCUCUUGGAUUACAGUGGCGGCAGACUGUUGUUCUUCAAUGCAGAGAGAGGACUGGUGCUGUUCGCCAUCAGGCACAAAUUCACUGAUGCUGCUCACCCGGCCUUUGCCCUGGAGAAGGCUGGAGUGCUUACCCUGCGCACAGGCAUGGAGCUGCCGGAGUUCGUGAAGCGCAGCUAAUCUCCUGCUUCACACCCUCAGGAAAACUGACAAUUACAACGUCAGGGGACAGGGAGGGGAAGGGGGGUGUCAGGGAGGGAUGUCUAGUUUUCACCGAUGAAUGCCACACACACAGCUCUUCCCCACAUCAUCAGUAACUGUAGUACUACUGUAAUGUAGCUCAGCCACGUCAUCACCCUGAGCCUGGAGAGAAAAUCUACUCCUUCAGGUAGAGUGUGCACCUAGUGAUAUACACAGAAGUGCUUUUCAGGGGAAAAAAAAAUGUUUUGUUAGUUAAGAACAUUAAGAGUGGGGGGGAAAAGGUACUUUCCCUGUGAAAAUAAUGACAGUGCUAGCUGCCUUUUUAAAGUUGAUGGUGAGCCUGUGUAUAAAAUAAAUGCAUCUCUCACUGCAA